AUGUCGUUCCUGGACAUCCCGUUCUCACGAGACUUUGUCGAGUCUGUCCUGUUCAACAAUCAUAUUGAGACGAUGUACAUCUGCAGUCUUGUUGGCGCAAAGGAGAGCACCUUUAUGGAGCACAUCAAGCUUCUGGCCAACCACCCCACCUCUCUUCAGGCUCUGACCUACAACUUGCCCAAUGGAAGCUCUGCUCACUGGGGAGUCUACCAACGUAUCAGAGGUGGAAUGGACCAACUCAAGACAUCGAUUCAAUGUCUCCAUAUCAACUUCUCCUGGGUGACAUUUAUGGGACAGAAUCACCUUCUUCAUGAUGAGGGCAAUUGUUAUUCCAUAUAUAACUUCUAA